UAUGCUUUAUUAUACUAUGACAUUUUUUAACGUUUUUAUGCCUUACUAUACUAUGACGUUUUUUUUAUGUUUUUAUGCCUCAUUAUACUAUGACGUUUUCAUGCCUCAUUAUAGUAUGCCAUUUUUUGACUUUUUUAUGCUUUACUAUACUAUGACGUUUUUUGAUGUUUUUAUGCCUUAUUAUACUAUGACGUUUUUAUGCCUCAUUAUACUAUGAAGUUUUUUGAUGUUUUUAUGCCUUACUACAAUAUGACAUUUUUAAGCCUUAUCAUACUAUGACAGUUUUUGACAUUUUAUGUAUUACUAUACUAUGACGUUUUUUGAUGUUUUUAUGCCUUAUUAUACUAUGACGUUUUUAUGCCUCAUUAUACUAUGAAGUUUUUUGAUGUUUUUAUGCCUUACUACAAUAUGACAUUUUUAAGCCUUAUUAUACUAUGACAAUUUUUGACAUUUUAUGUAUUACUAUACUAUGACGUUUUUUGAUGUUUUCAUGCCUUAUUAUACUAUGACGUUUUUAUGCCUUAUUAUACUAUGACGUUUUUAUGCCUCAUUAUACUAUGACGUUUUUUGAUGUUUUCAUGCCUUAUUAUACUAUGACGUUUUUAUGCCUCAUUAUUCUAUGACGUUUUUGACAUUUUUAUGCUUUAUUGUAUUAUGGCGUAUUAUUACGUUUUUAUGCAUUAUUAUAUUAUGAAGUUUUUUGAUGCUUUAUGCCUUACUAUACUAUGACGUUUUUUGAUGUUUUUAUGCCUUAUUAUACUAUGACGUUUUUUGUCGUUUUAUGCCUUCCUAUACUAUGACGUUUUUUGAUGUUUUUAUGCCUCAUUAUACUAUGACGUUUUUUGAUAUUUCUAUACCUUAUUAUACUAUGGCGUUUUUUGACAUUUUUAUGCCUCAUUAUACUAUGACAUUUUUUGACGUUUUAUGCUUUAUUAUUCUAUGACAUUUUUUAAUGUUUUUAGGCCUCAUUAUACUAUGAUGUUUUUCAACGUAUUUAUGCCUUAUUAUACUAUGACGUUUUCAUGCCUCAUUAUAGUAUGCCAUUUUUUGAUGUUUUUAUGCCUUACUAUACUAUGACGCUUUUUGACAUUUUACUACCUUACUAUAUUAUGAGAUGUUUUGACGAUUUUAUGCCUUAGUACACUAUGAUGUUCUUAUGCUUUAUCAUACUAUGACAUUUUUUGACGUUUUAGUGCCAUAUUACAUUAUGGCGUAUUAUUACGUUCUUAUGCCUUAUUAUACUAUGACGUUUUUAUACUUUAUCAUACUAUGACGUUUUUUUUAUGUUUUUAUGCCUUACUAUGCUAUGACGUUUUUUGAUAUUUUGAUGCCUCAUUAUAUUAUGAAAUUUUUUGACGUUUUAUGCUUUAUUAUUCUAUGAUGUUUUUUGACGUUUUUAUGCCUUACUAUACUAUGACGUUUUUUGAUAUUUUGAUGCCUCAUUAUACUAUGAAAUUUUUUGACGUUUUAUGCUUUAUUAUUCUAUGACGUUUUUUGACGUUUUUAUGCCUUACUAUACUAUGACUUUUGUUUAUGUUUUUAUGCCUUAUUAUACUAUGACGUUUUCAUGCCUCAAUAUAGUAUGACGUUUUUUAACGUUUUUAUGCUUUAUUAUAUUAUGACAUUUUUUUACCUUUUUUAUGCCUUACUAUACUAUGACUUUUUUUUAUAUUUUUAUGCCUCAUUAUACUAUGACAUUUUUAUGCCUCAUUAUACUAUGACGUUGUCAUGCCUUAUUAUAGUAUGCCAUUUUUUUACUUUUUUAUGCCUUACUAUACUAUGACGUUUUUUGAUGUUUUUAUGCCUUAUUAUACUAUGACGUUUUUAUGCCUCAUUAUACUAUGAAGUUUUUUGAUGUUUUUAUGCCUUACUACAAUAUGACGUUUUUAAGCCUUAUUAUACUAUGACAGUUUUUGACAUUUUAUGUCUUACUAUACUAUGACGUUUUUUGAUGUUUUCAUGCCUUAUUAUACUAUGACGUUUUUAUGCCUUACUAUACUAUGACGUUUUUUGACAUUUUGAUGCCUCAUUAUACUAUGACAUUUUUUGACGUUUUAUGCUUUAUUAUUCUAUGACGUUUUUUGACGUUUUUAUGCCUUACUAUACUAUGACAUUUUUUUAUGUUUUUAUGCCUCAUUAUACUAUGACGUUUUCCUGCCUCAUUAUAGUAUGUUAUUUUUUGACUUUUUUGUGCCUUACUAUACUAUGACGUUUUUUUAUGUUUUUAUGCCUCAUUAUACUAUGACGUUUUCAUGCCUCAUUAUAGUAUGCCAUUUUUUGACUUUUUUAUGCCUUCCUAUACUAUGACGUUUUUUGAUGUUUUUAUGCCUUAUUAUACUAUGACGUUUUUAUGCCUCAUUAUACUAUGACGUUUUUUGAUGUUUUCAUGCCUUAUUAUACUAUGACGUUUUUAUGCCUUAUUAUACUAUGACAUUUUAAUGCCUUACUAUACUAUGACGUUUUUUGACGCUUUUAUGCCUCAUUUUAUCAUGAAAAUUUUUGACAUCUUUAUGCUUCAUUAUUCUAUGACUUUUUUUGACAUUUUUAUGCCUUAUUGUAUCAUGGCGUAUUAUUACGUUUUUAUGCAUUACUAUACUAUGACAUUUUUAUGCCUUAUUAUACUAUGAAGUUUUUCGAUGUUUUAUGCCUUACUAUACUAUGACGUUUUUAUGCCUUAUUAUACUAUGACGUUUUUUGAUGUCUUUAUGCCUUACUAUACUAUGACAUUUUUUGAUGUUUUUAUGCCUUACUAUACUAUGACGUUUUGACGAUUUCAUGCCUCAGUAUACUAUGAUGUUCUUAUGCUUCAUCAUACUAUGACAUUUUUUGACAUUUUAGUGCCAUAUUACAUUAUGGCGUAUUAUUACGUUUUUAUGCUUUAUUAUUCUAUUACGUUUUUAUGCCUUAUUAUAUUAUGACCUUUUUUUGACCUUUUUUGACGUUUUUAUGCCUUAUUAUACUAUUACCUUUUUAUGCCUUAUUAUACUAUGAUGUUUUUAUGCCUCAUUAUAGUAUGACGUUUUUUUUACAUUUUUAUGCCUUAUUAUACUAUGAUGUUUUUUGACAUUUUUAUGCCUUACUAUAGUAUGACAUUUUUACACCUUACUAUACUAUGACUCUUUGUAUGAUGGUGUUUGACAUUUUUAUUUCUUAAUUUACUGUGACAUUCUCAUGCAUUUUUAUGCCUCAUUAUACUAUGAUAUUUUAUUACAUUUUUAUGCCUUACUUUACUAUGAUGUUUUUAUGUUUUAAAAUCCUAUGAUGAUUUUUGACAUUUUUAUUUCUUACUAUACUGUCACAUAGUCAUGUAUUUUUAUACCUUAGUAUAUCAUGAAGUUUUUUGAUGUUCUUAUCCCUUACUAUACUAUGACGUUUUUGACCUAUUUAUUUCUUAAUAUACUAUGACGUAUCUCUCCUUUGCUAAAACAAUUACUUUUUAUGCCUUACUAUAUUAUGACUUUUCAUGCCUUAUUAUACUAUGAAUAUUUUUUUUUUUUACAUUUUUAUGUAUCAUCAUAUUAUGACUUUUGAUACCUUAAUAUAUUACGAUGUUUUUAUUGCUCACUCUAGUAUGAAGUUUACAUGGAACAGUAUGUUGCUGUAGUGGAUAGAGCUGUUGUUUCUCAGUGAGAAGGUUCUGAGUUUUAUUCCUGCUCCUUUUCUUGUUCUCGCUUUGCUUAUAAGAUGGCUUUUUACGCCUCAUUAUACUAUGAAGGUUUUCACGUAAUUAUGCCUCAUUAUACUAUGGUGUUUAUAUAUCAUAUUAUAAUUUUUACAAUUUUAUAAUUAUGAUUUUUUUUUUUACUUUUCGGUCUCAUUAUACUAAUAUGUUUUCAUGAAUUACAUUUUUAUGCCUCUAUGAUGUUUUUAUGCCCUACUGUACUAUGACUUUUUUAUGGGGUAUCAUGGUGGUACAAUGGUUAGAACUGUAGUCUUACAGUGAGAAGGUUCUGGGUUUGGGCCCCCGGCUUUGGCCCUUUUUGUGUGGAGUUGCAUGUUCCCCCUGUGCCUGUGUGGUUUUUUUCCAGGUUCCUCUCGCAGUCCAAAGGGAUGGAAAGGAAACUAUGGAAGCUUUGAGAAAAACAAAAAAUAAAACAGAUUGUUUUGUGAAUGCAAGUGAAUGCAUUACUUUUCUUUAGUUUCCUAUUUUAUUUUAAAAGUAAGCUCAACUUGUCAGAUUUUACUUUUUUAAGAAUGUGAUAUGUUUUGUAAAAUAUCAGAUAAUAUUACCUAUUUGUGCCUCAAAUAAUUCAUAGACUUAUGAAACAUGAUGAAGAAUCCAAACCUCUGUUUUUUGCAACAAGCCAUAAAGGAUUUAUAAACUUUAUAAACUAUAUGUAUUUCAAUGUAAAAAUUUCGCUCUGAACUGUUGUGAAGUAGAAGUAGAACAACAUGAGUUAAAUAAAAUAAAAGUACCCUAACUCUAAACUCUAGCUAAAUGUAUUUAGUUAUACUCCGUGCAGCUGCUGUGAGUUUAUCAGUCUGGUUGUGUAUUUCUGGGGGAGCUGUUGCCCUGUGUGAGAGUCUGGUCCCACAGAUCCUUCACCAUUAGUCCGUGAUAAUUAAACGUAUUUCCCUGUAUUUAACCCGGGCUUCUUCUGUGUGUGGAGUCAGAGUCGUUUGAACCAGUGAAGUGACAUCAUGUCCUUAUGGAAAUGUGUCCCGGUGAGGCCCCUCCCUGUCCCGGUGACAUCAGCCGGAGCUCGGCUGCUCUCCUCCAGGAGGAGGACACGGUGGAUCCGCACACACACACACACACACACACACACACACACACACACACACACACUCACUCACUCACACACACACUGACACACACACACACACUCACACACACACAUACUCACACACACACAUCCAGGAGGGAGCUCGACGGGGAAACUGACUCGCUUUCUUCAUGGGACAAAACAAGACUUCUUCUUCUUCUCCUCCUCCAGAGACCAUGGGAGGCUGUUGAUGUCUGACUUGGCCACCAGUUGAAGGAAACCCAUUAGAGUAGCCUGAACACACCGGCACAGUGGUGCACAGUGACGGGUCCAAACAUGGCUGCCCAUCGAAUCAGAGCCACCACCAACAACAACACUUCUCUGCCUCGCUGCAAGUCUGAAGGGACGCUCAUCGAUCUCAGCGAAGGAGUGUCAGAAGCCAGUCUCACCGAUGUCAAAGUGCCUUCUCCCAGUGCCUUACGCCUGGACGCAACCGCCUCCUUCGGUGCUGCCAGGGAAGUCGUUGCCAUAAAGGACUACUGCCCAUCCAGCUUCACCACCCUGAAGUUCUCCAAAGGGGACCGCCUCUACGUUCUGGACUCAUCAGGAGCAGAGUGGUGGUACGCCCACAACAACACAGAGAUGGGUUACAUCCCUGCAGCGUACGUGGAGCCCAUCAACUACAGAGACUCGUCCUUCAGCGACAGUGGGAUGAUUGACACUGUGGGAGACUGUAAUGAGGAGGCGGCUAAAGAAAUGGACCUUUUAGGGGAGUGGGCGGGGGUGAUUCUGAAACCAACCACCUUCCAAAACGGAAACCCUUUCGCAGCAACCAAUUCCUCUACAAACCCUUUCCUAAACGGGGGUCCUCAGAGCCCCCUAGAUCAGAACAGUAAUGAGAAAUCAGUCGACCUCCUUCUGUUUGACACGCUCGCUCCAUCAGUGCCCAACUCCACCAGCAUCACUGCCGACAUCAAUGGAUUUGGCAGUGGCGUCUUAAACAUGAACCCUCUCAGUCCCACGGUGGGGGUGGGGCAAACGCUGCGCAGGGACAACCCGUUUUUUAGAAGCAAACGCUCCUACAGUCUGUCUGAGCUGUCCAUCCUGCAGGCUCAGUCGGACGCCCCUCAGGCCUCCACCGGUUUCUUUGGAGGCCUGAAAGCGCCGGCACCAGAGCAGUUCCAGAGCAGGGAGGAUUUCCGGACUGCGUGGCUCACCCACCGCAAGCUGGCCAGGUCCUGCCACGACUUGGACUCCCUGGGCCAGAAUCCAGGCUGGGGACAAACACAGCCGGUGGAAACCAACAUAGUCUGUCGGCUGGACAGCUCAGGAGGUGCUGUCCAGCUUCCAGACACCAACAUCAGCAUCCACAUACCUGAGGGCCACGUGGCCCCCGGGGACACCCAGCAGAUCUCAAUCAAAGCUCUGCUGGACCCACCGCUAGAGCUGAACAAUGAUCGCUGCACCACCGUCAGCCCUGUGGUGGAGAUCAAACUCAGCAACAUGGAGAUCAAAACUACCGUUACCCUGGAGAUGAAAGUGUCUGUCGUGGUGAAAAUUGAGAGCAGGCAGACCACAGAGAUCUUGUGUGUCAGGAGUGAUUGUAAAGAGGGACCUUACACUCCCAUUCCUCAGGCCUACAUAUACGGCGACAUGGUUCAGGUGUGCCUGGAUAACCUUGAACCGUGCAUGUACGUGUGUGUCGUGGCUCAGUCCAAGUCCAUAGCUCCAGACUCCACGGUCUGGGAACAUGUGGUUAAAAAGAUCACCUUAGGAGUGUACGGUCCCAAACAUAUUCACCCGUCCUUCAAGACAGUCGUGGCGAUGUUUGGCCAUGAUUGUGCCCCGAAGACACUGUUGGUGAGUGAGGUUGGCAAACAGGCGCAGGCUGUACCCCCAGUAGCGCUGCAGCUUUGGGGUAAGCACCAGUUUGUCUUGUCCAGACCACAGGACCUCCGCGUUGGGGUUUACUCCAACAUGGCCAACUAUGAGGUAAAGGCUAGUGAGCAAGCCAGAGUGGUCCGGGGCUUCCAGGUUAAACUAGGUAAAGUCAGCAGGCUCGUCUAUGUCAUUGCCUCACGCAACGCUGACGACGUUUCUGAUUUCACCUUAAGAAUCCAGAUCAAAGACGACCAAGAUUGUAUACUGGCUCAGUUUUGUGUCCAGACACCGACACCACCCCCCAAAGCAGGCCCAAAGACAUCAGUGCAACGGCGCUUCCUGAAGAAGAAGGAAGUCGGCAAGAUCGUCUUGUCGCCUCUUGCCAUCACCACCAAGUACCCUGUUUUCCAGGACCGGCGGAUAAACAACCUAAAGUUUGGAAAGCUAAUCAAAACCGUCAUCCGACAAACUAAAAACCAGUACUUACUCGAGUACAAAAAAGGAGACUUUGUAGCUCUGCUGAGCGAGGAGAAGAUCAAGCUGAAGGGCCAGUUGUGGACAAAAGAGUGGUACAUUGGAUACUAUCAGGGCAGAUUGGGAUUCGUCCACGCGAAGAACGUGCUGGUGGUCGGCAAAGUUAAGCCCAUUUACUUCAGCGGGCCCGACCUUACAACUUCACUGUUCCUGGAGCAAAUACUGAAGCCCUGCAAGUUCCUCACGUACAUCUACGCCUCUGUAAGAACUAUACUGAUGGAGAACAUCGGCAACUGGCGGGCGUUUGCUGACUCCCUCGGGUACAUCAACCUGCCCUUGACGCAUUUCUGCCGCGCGGAGCUGGACAGCGAACCCGAGAGGGUGGCGUCGGUUCUGGAGAAGCUGAAGGAGGACUGCAACAACACAGAGAGCAAAGAGAGGAAGUCCUUCCAGAAAGAGCUUCUGACGGCUCUGCUGAAGAUGGACUGUCAGGGUCUCGUGGCCAGACUCGUCAUGGACUUCGUCCUCCUGACCACGGCCGUGGAGCUGGCCGGGCGCUGGAGGGAGCUGGCCGAGAAGCUCGCCAAGGUUUCCCGCCAGCAGAUGGACGCUUACGAGGCGCCGCAUCGCGACAAGAGCGGCGUGGUGGACAGUGAGGCCAUGUGGAAGCCGGCGUACGACUUCCUGGUCACGUGGGCCGCCCAGAUCGGCGACAGCUACAGGGACGUGAUCCAGGAGCUGCACAUGGGCCUGGACAAGAUGAAGAACCCCAUCACCAAGCGCUGGAAGCAUCUGACCGGCACGCUCAUCCUGGUCAACUGCAUGGACGCCCUGCGGAGCUCCGCCUUCAGCCCCGCCGCGCAGGACGACUGCGCCAUCUGAACCCGGCCUCGCGCCUCGCUCUUCGCAGAUCGGCCGUCUGCUCACUCUGAACUCCACUACUGCUGUCGCACGUAGUCGUUCUGUUCCUGCGGCGCCGCCUUCAGGGGCUCAUCAGCAGACUGACCCCCCCUCCCCUUCUCCCCUCCCCCCGCCCACGUCUCCGCCACACAUCACAGUGCUGUACGGAGCUCGCAGUAUUCACAGAGACUCUUUUAAUAGUCCCUGUCUCGCAUAGUUCUGUAUUUUUGUAUCUUGUUAAGGCACAGCGUUUUUUAAAGCAACACUUUGAACCCUUUUGGUUUCGAACUGUGGAAUCGAAGACACUUUUUCCAAGAAGAGACACUUUUAGAUUUCGUAACCUCGUUAGUCACGUGUCUGUUCUAUUUAUUUAUACAUCAAAGAGAGAAGUCGCUUCCUCUUCUCUUCUUCAGGUUCUCUCUCACUGUGGUCCUCCUCAUUUCAGAGACGUGGAUACUCUGCCGUUGGUCUCAACUUUGGUUUUUGUUGUUGUUGUUGUUGUUGUUUUUUUAGGGUCUGGAGCCGAAGAAAACAGGAUCGUUAAUGAAUCUCGUUCACCUGCGUUUUAAUCAAGCUGUCCACUAGUGCUGAAAUGGUUCACUUAAAUCAUUUUACAGAAAAUUAAUCAACAACAGAUUCUGAAAAAUUAAAAAAAAAAAAAAAAAAACUCUUUUUUGUUUCACAUCAGAAAUUUAAUCAAAUUGAAUCUUUGUGUUUUGGACUUUUGGUCGGACAUUUCUCUAAUUAAAAUAUUCUCGUGCAGAGUUGGCAGCUCGUUAUUGACCUGAAAACAGCUGCUGACGAUCUCAACUCAAGGUCCACUUACUCGCUUUUUUCUUUUGCUUUUGACCAUAGCACACAUUCCUAACCAUCAGCUUCAGCUUGGUAAUUUGGCCAUGGAGGACUUCAUAAGCUACAAAAUCUUUUAAUAGAGACUAAUUUUGACAGAGACCAUCUUCAUGAGACAGUCCUGAACUCUUCGUCCUGUUCAGUCUGAUGAUUUUGUCUCUUGGAUUUCACUCAGCAGUAAAUGUCCCUGUGAACAGGAGCAGCGAUGCUCGACUCUGGACUGAGGAAUUGCCACCAGCUCAGGUGGAAGUCCUGUAGUGGAGGGUCAUCACACAGGUGACGUCAGCCAUCUUGGGCUUCAGUCUGCUCUGGUUCAGUGCCAUCAGAGAAAGUGUUUGCUCACGCAUGUAUGUAGAGCCCAAUGAACUAAACAUCCUUUAUCUGAAUCUGCAUCUGGGGAAAUCUGUGUAGUUCCAGCUUCAGAGAGAACCAUCACAUCAUUGCAUUUCAGUAACUACUUGUCCUCUGGCACGUCAACAAAGAACAGGUUUGAGAGCAGGUUUGUGUCGGUUAAACGAGGCUGUGACCUUUUCCUUUCAAUAAAAAGCUAGCGCACAUCUGAGUGGUCGAUGACAUUCCCAUAUUACGUGUCAGCGAAAGCCCCGAACUCCCGGUGAUUAAACUUUGUGGUCUCGUGAGAUUAAUCGUCUUCACCACAUUGUUCCCGAUGUGCUUCUUGAUGCGUAACUUUGUGUCUUUGGCACAGAAGAAAACAGGAAAGCAAUCUGCACACAUGGUGAAACUGACACCGAGUGUUCAAGAAUGGCUUUAUGCUACAAUCAGCAGGUCAAAUAUCAUUUUAAUUAACUCACAGGCCUCGUAAAUUAACAGUCCGACUGUUCGACGUCUCAUUAAUGUUGACAAGCCCCAUAGACUCCCAUGUUAAGAAUGUCCAACUUUACAGCAAAAAUAAACAUGUUUACAGUCUGGUACAAAAACAGUUUUGAUCAGCUGGGAGUGAGGGGCGGAGUCAGGCACUGCCAAGAUGGCGAUGGUGGAGCAGUCACUACGGGUGACGUCACAGAGGUUACGUCCAUCUUUAUUUACAGUCUGUGUCCAGAACAAGCGGGUGGACUUUGAGUUGAGAUUGUCAUCAACUAAUCUGUUGAAUAUUUCUUUGAUUAAUUCAUUAAAAUAUUUAUUUUCAGCUCUACUCUCCAUGUAACGCCACUCUUUGCCGCCUCCUGCCUGUUUUUCUUUGUCAUAUAAAAAGUUCUUUUUUACCAAAGUUUGCCAAAACGAAAACAGCCACUGUUGUAAGGACACUGUCAAAGCUUCUGGUUAGGGUUCGUCCCUGUGCUGCAUACUGUAUAACCUGGUAGUAACACAUCCAGUGGUGAGUUUGAAAACCUUUUUGUGACUGCAUACUUUUGUGGAAAAGACUCUAAACAAAUAAAAUGUAAAUAUUUGUACAUGA